UUACUUAAACAUUGUGUUAUGUUCUACGACCCGGAACUUCCUCCUUCGCAGGGUUAUUUCAUGUUUGUCAGCGGCAGAAGUAGGUUGUGUAAUAAGGAAGGACACAUGUGAAUACGCAGCAUUCUGCAUUAUACAAAAAAGCGCCUGCCAGUGGAAAUGUCGAGCCUUUCAGCAGCCAGUGUUGAGACCGCACCAGCAAUAGAAGGGAAUGAGCAGAAGAAGCCUUUGAAACCAUGCUGUGCUUGUCCUGAGACCAAGAAAACAAGAGAUGCCUGCAUAAUUGAAAAAGGAGAAGAAAAUUGCACAAGCCUCAUCGAAGCUCACAAGGAAUGCAUGAGGGCGCUUGGUUUUAAGAUAUAAAUCUAGAAUAAUGUGUGAAUGGUAAAUUUAUCUUUAGUGUCUAUUAGGUCUUUUGACAAUGGCCAACACCUACAAAUUAUGAUAGUCGCAUCUUUUAUAAUGUAAAGUAUUACUAAUCACAUUUAAUAUGUUACCAAAUUAUGGCCUCAACGGCUUGUCUUGGUAUUUUCACAUAACUGUCCACUUAACUUUAAAUAGAAAAAUGAAAACAAAAACAAUUCUUCUCCAUACUUUUUACCAUUUAUAAGUCACUCCAAAUAUGCUUGGUAAUCUUUUUUCUUUUUGCAGUAUGUGUCUGGCUGUGUGAGUUGGGACCUUGUGUGAUCUUUAUUUUUAUUUAUACUUUACACUGUGUAAGGCACAUGCAGUGUUGAAGGUGCUGAAAUACGUCUCAGAGGAAAAUAUGGUCUUUUGUCUCUUUUUUCCAUAUGUGAUUGUUACAUAACCUUAAGAUGAAUAAAGAUCCUAUGCAAGAUA